CCGCACCGCCUCCGCUCACCGGGCACCGCGCACCAUGGCCGUCAAAGUGCAGCGCCUCGUCGUGCUGCUGUCGCUGGCGUGGGCCGGCGCGUCGGCGGCAAAGGCCAAAACAACGGCACUCCCGGCAUCCUUCCCGCAGUGCAGCAUCAAGGACCCGAACAUCAAUGCGUGCCUGCGCCAGGCCGUGCAGAUCGUCAUCCCGGAGCUCGUUAAAGGCGUGCCCAGUCUCGGCGUCUACUCGAUCGACCCCCUGGACAUCGUGGAGGCCAACAUCGGCGCCACGGAGGGCCCCGUCGCGCUGAGUCUCGACUUCAAGCAGCUCAAGAUCGGCGGGCUGCGCACGACGCGGAUGCUGUCCCUGAGCUUCGACCCCAAGACGUACCGCAUCGCCAUGCGCGCCAAGGUGGAGGCCCCCCUGCGCCUGGACGGCAACUACAAGAUCGCCGGCAAGGUGCUCGUGCUGCCCAUCCAGGGCGAAGGCCUCUGCAGCCUGCGACUGGAUGACGUCACGGCCGACAUCAACCUCGCCAUGCACGAGGAGAGCAGGGGCGGCGUCAAGUACCUCGCGGUGGACAAGCUGUCCUUGUCCUUCGACACCAGCAGGCUGCACAUGAAGUUCGAGAACCUGUUCAACGGCAACAAGGAGCUCGGCGACAACAUGAAUCGCUUCCUCAACGAAAACUGGCCCGAGAUUCUGAAGGAGCUCAAGCCGUCCAUCGACGACACGUUCGGCGCCGCGUUCCAGGCCAUCGCCAACCGCAUCUUCCACAAGGUGCCGCUCGACAAGGUGUUCCUGCCUUAGGAACCACUCCACCCGGAAAGGGAUAGGGGACGCCAGCUGCAUGCCGUGGAGAGACCCAGUCAGGCUGCACUUUUGCACCCUGAUUGUCGUGGCUCUCCAACCAGUCGAGCAUCAGCUGUUGACUUUGAAUUUGUAAGCCCAGUGCAUUUAAGUGUUAAAGUUGAGAACGAUUAGACUUAAAGUUACUCUUGUAUUGUUUUUUAUGUGAUUUGAA